UAGUUCCUGUUGUGCUAAAGCAAGAAAGACUCAAAUCAAAGGUUCAAGGAAAUCCAUGAUGGACUCCAGGUCUCGGAGACUUCCCUUUUGUCUGUCCGGCUCAAGGUCGUCCUACACAUCCAGUCCAACAGUCUCCUCCUCAUCUCUGGGCUCCAGUAGGUUAUACGGUCGAGAGACGGUGCUGAAUAAUGACCGCUUCCCAAGGGCGUCAUCAGCUUACAAAACAGAUCUGGAGCAACAGAACUCUCGUCUCCUGAGCUCAUCCAGAGACUACAGCAGCUCUGACAGUCGCUCCACCAGCUGGAAGUUACCCACUUCUCUGACGUCCUCCAGCAGAUCUUAUGAUCGCCCGUGGGUUGAAUCCUCUCUGAGCAGCAGGAGCAAACUGACUGAUUCUGAGGGGAGGUUGGGGAUGCGCUCAGGUUUGUUGAACGCCAGUGAUGAUGGUGAUUCUAAAAGGGCCAAACUGUCAUACAGCAACAGAGGUCUGUACUCAAGGACGCCCAGCACCUCAGUUACAGGAUCCACCUAUUCCAGCAGUGGGCUAAGCAGUGGCAGAGGUAUAAGUGAAAAACAAAAUGACACGUUCGAUUCGUCAUGGAGCUCAUGCCGUUUUCUCUCACGGUCGUCAUCAUCCUCCUCCUCAAAGCCGUUGUUGUCCAGGAGAGAGCAGGAGACAAAGAACGAGCCCAGUCUUUCAAGUUUGGGAAAUGGAAGAAUCAGGACGCCUGGAGUGGCUUCCUCCUUAUAUCAGACAGACAGGGUGACCUCCACAUAUGCACAGGGAGCUCGGCCUAAAGAGUCUGCUUACUCAUCCUCCUCUUCCUCCUCCGCUGCCAGAGAAAGCUCCCUAAAUCGCCACCUCUCAUCCUCCACCUCGCACCGGUCUUCUCCUCUGGUGCGCGACUUCAGCAGCAGAACCACAACCCGUUACGGCUCAUCCACCCUCCACUCAUCUCAGGAACAAACAGGAAACCCUGAAUCUCCCUCAGAUAUCUCCUCCUCUUACUCCUCUUACACCCCCUUGUACACCACUCCCCUGGCCAGACCACAGGCGACACUCCCUCCAAGGCCGGCCCCCGAAGGCGGUGAGCCAGAGGGUCGUCGCUCCACGCGACGGCUUUUGUCCCGUCUAUUUUCGCGGCGCUCCAGCCAAGACUCUUCUAGUGGCUCUUCCAGUGUUCGCUCGCUUGACGAUGACAGUCCGUCAACUGGUGGAGAGUCUGUGGACAGUGAUGAGGGAGCCAGGAUGUCUAGUCUGGACCCUGACGCUGGAGGGUCAGAGACGACCUUGGGUAGCCUCAGGAAUCGUAGAGCAGACCUCGCCCCUAUCCAGGAAAACAACAGUGAUGGCUAUCGUAGCGGCCUGGCUAGGUCCAGAAUGGCAUCAUGGAGAGAGCCUGGUGUUGGCAGUAGUAACACCAGCAGCAGUGGAGCAGGCGGCAGCUCCUCCUGGCUUUCCUCCUCUCUCCGAGGCCGCUGCCCUCCACUACUCGCUCGCCUCAGAAGACAUGCAAGGGAGAAUGAGAGUGCACACUCAGCCGCAGGCUUAGAAGAAGGCUUCAGCCAUCCACAGCAUUUACUGAGAAGGUGGGACAACCUUGAGCAUAAAGCAUCACAGGAAGAUGAUGAUGAUGAUGAUGAGGAUGAUGAGGACGAGGAUGAAGAUGAGGAUGAGGAGAAUGAAGAAGAGGAAGGAGCAGUUGGUUUAGAGGCCUUUGGAGCAGGUCAUCCCUGCAGACUGGAGGAUGAAACAUUACCUGAACUUGAAGAUGCCUCAGUUGAAUUUUCGCCACGCCACAGAAUGGCACUAUAUGAAAACAUUUCAGUUACUAGGGGUCCAUUGAGUGGUGUUGAGAGCCAGCUGGACAUUCAGAGGGAAAAGCCCAUUUCCAGUAGGGAUCAAGAAAAGCUGCGCAAGAUCAAGGAGAGACUGCUUCUAGAGGAUUCUGAUGAGGAAGAAGGCGACCUGUGCCGUAUCUGCCAGAUGGGGGAGGAAUCAGCAUCAAACCCCUUGAUUCAGCCUUGCCGCUGUACAGGCAGCCUCCAAUACGUCCACCAGGAAUGCAUCAAGAGGUGGCUUCGCUCCAAAAUCGGCUCAGGCACAAACCUUGAGGCCAUCACAACAUGUGAACUCUGCAAGGAGAAGCUGCGCUUAAACAUAGACAACUUUGACAUUCAGGAGCUGUACAGGACACAUGUGCAAUCAGAAUAUGAUGAGUUCAUCAGCAGCGGUCUCUAUCUGGUGGUGCUGCUGCAUUUCUGCGAGCAGAGGUUCUCUGAUGUCCUGGGAGCCGUCGAUGCAGCUGGGUUAUUCAACCUGGUGAGAAUCCUUCAUGAACACAUGGACAAUCUUGAAAGCCCCCAUGGAGAAAGUGACGAGGAGGUGCGAGACAACAGACCGUCGAUUGAGUUUUCUGACCUGGAUGACGAUCUUGAAGAGGAGUACUAAUUAUGUGAAUGUGGUGGAAUGAGGGUCAAAAAAGUGGGUCAGAUUACCUGAAGUUGCAGGGCUACACCAUACCAUAUGGUAGCUCACCCCGUUUUCACAUAUGCUUUGACAUUGUCACGGUCAUCUGAAAUGCAAGUGAGAAAUGCCAAGUGCACAGAACAUGUCUUGCCUUUGUUGCAGGUGGCUUUUGCAAAUAUGCAAACUUGAAUUGAACUAGUGAGUAAAACAUUCUGUCUGACACCACUGUAUUUCUGUUUCUAUGAGUGCACUUUAUUCACUUAUAAUUAAAUAAAAAUGCAAGUCUUUUUAACUGUUAUACCACAAGUGCUUUAAUGUUGAAGUAAGGAAGGAAUAGAAUAGAAGGAACACAGAGGUGAGUGUGGAUUUGUACUUACGUUCUGAUGGUAAGACGGAUGCUUUUGGGAGAGAACAGAAAGAGUGGCGAUUAUUUACUUUUGUUGUCUGUUUUCCCCUGACUUUUCACACCGAGUUAAAAAGAAAAAAAAAAAAAGAGGACUUACCCAUCAACAAAUUUUCUUCAUCUAUGUUUCAGUGUUUGAAAUGCUUUAUGUAUGUACAAAUCUAGUUUCAUGCCUCUUAAUUUUGGGAAUAAAGAUUGAA